AUGGUGGGCAACAAAAAAUUUCUACUUGUCCUUGAUGAUGUGAGUGACGUUAGCCAACUUGAAAAUUUGGCUCCAAAGCAAGGAUGGUUCAGCAAGGGAAGCAUAAUAUUAAUAACAACUAGGGAUAAGCAUUUGCUAUCUUCACAUGGUGUAUCUUCUGUGUAUGACAUCAAAUUCUUGAAUGAUAAUGAAUCACUCAAACUUUUCCUUCACAAAGCUUUUAAAGGAGAGCAACCUAAUGAAGAUUAUUUGGACCUUGCUAGAACCGUCAUUAAAUAUGCUGGAGGCCUUCCUUUAGCACUCAAAGUGUUAGGUUCAUUUCUUUGCAAAAGAACUAUAAUGGAAUGGAAGGAUGCACUGGCUAAGUUCAAGAAGGCUCCUCCAAAGGACAUUUUGAAGAUACUUCAAGUGAGUUUUGAUGGGUUGGACAUUAAGGAGAAGACUAUAUUCUUAGAUAUCGCUUGUUUUUUCAAUGGGAUGGCCCAAGAUCAUGUCAUACAAAUUUUAGAAACUUUGGAUGAGGAUCUUCAUCCAAGAAUUGGAAUAACUAUUCUUAUUGAGAAAUCAUUGGUAAUUGAUUAUGAAGGGUAUCUGUGGGUGCAUGAAAUUCUACAAGAUAUGGGGAAAUUUAUUGUCUAUCAAAAAUCACCUGAUGAUGUUGGGAAGCGUUCUAGGAUAUUAUCUUUAGAGGAUGCUAAUCAUGUGCUAGAAAGAAAUAAGGGGACAGAAGCAAUUCGAGGAAUAUUGUUAAGAUUAGAAAAGUCAUGUGAUGUAUUUUGGGAUCCUAAAGCCUUCUUAAAGAUGAGUAAUCUCAAGAUACUUAUUAUUUCAAUUUCAAGUUACUCAGAUGUUUCACAUUGCCAGUUGAAUCUUCCUUAUGGACUCAAGACACUUUCCAGUGAGUUGAAAAUCAUAGAAUGGGAGAGGUAUCCAUUACUUUAUUUGCCGAGUCAACCUCAAUUACAUAAACUUGUUGAACUAAAAAUGCAGCAUAGCAAAUUAAAAGAACUUUGGAGAGAAAUACAGCCUCUUCAAAGCCUGAAGUCCAUUGAUCUAUCCCAUUCAGAAUGCCUCAUCAAAACACCAAAUUUUGAUGGAAUUCCUCAUCUUGAAAAAUUGAUUCUUGAAGGGUGUUUUAAUUUGGUUGAAAUUGACCAGUCUCUUGGCCAACACAAGAAACUUGUCAUUGUUAACUUGAAAGGUUGCAGAAAAGUUAAAAUCCUUCCAAGAAAAGUUGAGAUGAAUAAAUUAGAAGCUGUUGUUCUAUCUGGUUGUACAAGAAUUAGAAAGCUUCCUCAGUUUGGAAAAGAUAUGAAAUGUUUAUCUAAGCUUGAUGUACAGGAGACUUCUAUAACCAAACUACCUCAAUCAUUGGGCAAUUUGAUUGGUCUCACUGAAUUGAAUUUGGAAAAUUGCAAAAAGCUAGUUUGUCUUCCAUAUAACAUUUGUAAAUUGAAAGCUUUGAAAAUUAUCAGAAUUCCAGGCUGCUCAAAGCUUUCAAAGUUGCCCGAGAAUUUGAAUGAAAAUGAGGCUUUGGAAGAGCUUGAUUUGAGUAAAAUUGCUGUGAAAGGGUUAUCACUUUAUAAAUACAAUGCUGAAGCACAAUCUUUAUCAUCAUGGAGUUGCUUCUCCCUUCUUUGUCGAAGGCCUUUGAGCUCAACAAAUUUUAUAUUGUCACCGCCUUUGUCAUUCUUGAGGAAAUUAAAUUUAGUUAAUUGCAAUCUCCAUGAUGGAUCACUUCUCGAUGACAUCAGCAAGUUAUCAUCACUGGAAGUUUUAGAUCUAAGUGAAACAAUUUCAUUGACUUACCAUCUGCCUGAUUUCCAAUCUUUCCAAGCUUCAAGGUCUUAA